AGCUGCAUACGUACGUAGUCACUUGUGUGUCCUUGCGUUUCGCGCUGCAGCGUUACACAUACAGCUGGUGCGAAGUGGUGGCGGCGAUGAGCAAGUGCAAAAAGCAGGAAAUGGUUAAGAGGCAAGUCUAAAAUAAACGGGGCCGCAGCAGCGAGCGAACGCGGACCGCUCCGCGACAGUACCGGCACACGCUCGCUCGUUUAGCUCCAUUGAUGAUCUGGAAGGAAAGGUAAAGCGAGAGGUCUGCUUGGGCGAUGGCAGAUAUCGUUCUGGAGGAGUUCUUCAUAAAGCGCUCUCAGCAAAAGAAGAAGACGUCGCCGUUGAACUACAAGGAAAGGCUGUUCACGCUGAAGCAACGCCAGCUCUCCUACUACGACUAUGACGCAGAGAAAGGGAAGAAGAAAAGCCUGAAGGGGACGGUGGAUCUGGAGAAGGUCAAGUGUGUGGAGAAGGUGCUCCCGGAGGCCAACGCACCCCCGGAGCGACUGUUCCCUUUCCAGAUCAUCUACGACGAAGGGCCUCUCUACGUCUUCGCCAAGACGGACGAGAUUCGGAAGCAGUGGAUUCGGAAGCUCAAGGAAGAGGUGCAGUACAACAAGGACCUGCUGCAGAAGUAUCACCCCUGCUUCUGGGCGGACGGGCUGUGGCUGUGCUGCCAGCAGGAGGUCAAACAGGCCGUGGGGUGUAAGGUGUUAGAGAUGCGGCCCAGAGGAAUCUCAUCCCAGAAUUCCCGGCGCAAGUCCAGGAAGCCGCUGCCCCCCACCCCGAGCGAGGAGAAGGCUUCCAGGCCGCUACCCCCCCAGCCCCAGGCCCAGCCCCAGCCCCCGCCCCCAGCCCCGCAGCCCACCUCCUCAUCGGCAAUGAAAGUCAUCGCUCAGUACGAAUACACCCCAAUGACAGAGCAGGACCUGGGGCUGGAGGUGGGAGAGGAGUACGUCAUCCUGGAAGUGGCGAGCACUAACUGGUGGAAGGCCCGCGACAAAUACGGCAACGAGGGGUACAUUCCCAGCAAUUACGUCAUGGAGUUUCGGGACGGCCUGGAAUUGUACGACUGGUACUGCAAAAACAUGAGCCGCAGCCAGGCGGAGAACCUGUUGAGGAAAGAGAACAAAGACGGGGGGUUUCUGGUGCGGGAUUCGAGCAAGGCUGGAAAGUACACGGUCUCUGUUUUCACCAAGGUGGGAGGGAAUACCAACGGAUCCUGCAGGCACUACAACAUCUGCACCAACCAGCAGGGCCAGUUCUACCUGGCGGAGAAGCACAACUUCAGCAACAUCCCUGAGCUCAUCAAAUACCACCAGCACAACGCCGCAGGACUGGCGAGCCGGCUGAAGUACAUCGUGUCGAACACGACCCAGAGCGCCCCGUCCACAGCCGGCCUCGGAUACGGAGUCUGGGAGAUCGACCCCCAGCACCUGACCUGCAUCAAGGAGCUGGGCAGCGGGCAGUUCGGAGUGGUCAAGUACGGGAAGUGGCAGGGCCGCCACGAUGUGGCCAUCAAGAUGAUUAAAGAGGGCUCCAUGUCGGAAGACGAUUUCAUCAACGAGGCCAAGGUCAUGAUGAACCUCCAGCACCCAAAUCUGGUUCAGCUGUACGGGGUCUGCACCAAGCAGAGACCCAUCUACAUCGUCACCGAGUACCUGUCCAACGGCUGCCUGCUGGACUUCCUCCGCGACGGCAUCAAGAACCCGCACCCGGUGCAGCUGCUGGAGAUGUGCAAGGACGUGAGCGAAGGCAUGGCCUACUUGGAGUCUCAGCAGUACCUCCACAGGGACCUGGCUGCCAGGAACUGUCUGGUGGAUUCCCAAGGAACGGUUAAAGUCACCGACUUUGGGCUCUCAAGGUACGUCCUGGAUGACGAAUACACCAGCUCUGCGGGCUCCAAGUUCCCGGUGCGCUGGUCCCCGCCCGAGGUCCUGCUUUAUUGCAAGUUCAGCAGCAAGUCAGACGUUUGGGCCUUCGGUGUUCUGAUGUGGGAAAUCUACACCCUGGGCAAGAUGCCCUACGAACGCCUUAAUAACACAGACAUCGUGCAGAAGGUCUCCUCUGGCCUGCGCCUCUACCGCCCCCAACUGGCCAACGAAAGGAUUUACAGCAUAAUGAUGGCCUGCUGGAAUGACAAACCAGAAGAUCGUCCAACAUUUCAGGAGCUUGCGGCGAAUGUUCAGGACCUUCUGUACGACCUUCAGUAGCGAGGAAGCCCCCAGGAUGGAGGCCUGGAAAGGUAUCGCCCGUAUUGGGACCUCGUCCUCACUCGGGGUCUGGCGGAGACCCCCCGUCGUCCACCCGCAGCCCACCGGACGCACGAGCCUGGAGAUGAGCGAGCCGGUCCUGUCUGGGGAGGGGACACCGGAAGGCCCCGAACAUCUGUGUCUCACUGCAAACACGGAACAGGAAGUGUGUCUCUCGUGGGACUGACAGCCUUUCUGGAGCCUUUCUAAUGUCGACCCUGGUUUGUCUGUACACCCCAAACUAAAGUCAAAAAAUACUAUCAAUAAGACAUCUAAUAAGAAUCUCUGCUUAUUUCUACCUGUACAAUAAACUGGCAAUGCAGGACUUAUCAACUGAACGCUUUCAUUUGUUCUUGAGAUGAAUCAUUUA